AUGGACAAUCUUUUCGGUACACAUGAAAAGCACCAUAAAGAAGUAUAUUCAGGUAGCCAUGAACAUAAAGGCCAUUUAAGUCACGAAGUAGUGGCUGGUGCUGUAGGUUUCGAAGCCUUCAAGGCGUAUGAAAAGAAACGUGAGCAAGAGGGUCACCACGAUAAACAUGCUCUUGCUAAAGAGGUAUUGGCAGGUUUGGUUUCUGCUGAAGCUGAAAAGCUAUUUGAAACGAAAGGAUUAAAACAUAUUGAUGCUGAAAAGGCGAAAUGGGAUGCCAAGAAAGCUGCCGAAAAAAUGUAUGAGCGCGUUGCUCCUCAUGACUACGAGGAAAACGAAAAAGUAGAUGUUCAUGUCAACUCCCUUACACCGAUGAUGGGGCCAAAGAUGCAACUACUUAAAUCUAUUAUUCCGUAUGAUUAUUACUACAAGCCUUUUCACUUUUGUGAGCCCGAGGACAAAAAGGAUCAACCCGAAUCAUUGGGUAGUAUCCUAUUUGGAGAUCGUAUAUUCAACUCUCCGUAUGAGUUGUUUAUGCUUAAAAAUGAGUCCUGUCACGUACUUUGCGAGAAUCCAAGCAAAAUUCCGGGAGAAGAUGCCUCAUUUAUUAACGCUCGCAUACGUGAAAAUUAUGCGAUAAAUUGGCUUAUCGAUGGACUUCCCGCUGCCAGCAAAAGGACGGAUUCAAAAACCAAUUCUGUUUUCUAUAGUAUUGGGUUUGAGUUAGGUAAUCAAGGGACCAUGUCAAAUUUGAGCCCUUUAUUGCAUAAUCAUUAUGCUAUCGAAAUUCAGUAUCACAAGCAAGACCAAAAUAAAUAUCGUGUCGUUGGUGUUCUCGUCCGUCCCUCGAGUCAUAAGUACGAGUCUUUAGAUGAUGCUAAAAAUUGUCGCAUGACUGAAACUUUAACUUUGGACGAGAAAACCGACAAUACAGUAUGGUAUACUUAUAAAGUUGACUGGACGAUAUCACCAACUGCAUGGGCGACACGAUGGGAUAAUUAUUUGCACACAUUUGAUCCCAGGAUUCAUUGGUUUAGUUUGGUCAAUUCCAUUGUUAUCGUUCUAUUCUUGACGGGUAUGGUAGCCAUGAUUCUACUUCGUGCACUUCACAAGGAUAUCUCUCGUUAUAACCAAAUUGAAGCUCAGGAAGAUGUCCAGGAAGAUUUUGGUUGGAAGUUGGUUCACGGUGAUGUUUUCCGUCCUCCUAAUAACAUUAUGUUAUUAUCAGUACUCCUGGGUAGCGGCGCUCAGCUAUUUUUCAUGACUGCCGUGACUCUUGUGUUUGCCGUCCUUGGUUUCCUUUCCCCGUCAAAUCGAGGAUCUUUGGCUACUGUCAUGAUCAUCUUUUACAUGCUUUUUGGCUCUAUUGCGGGCUAUACGUCUGCACGUGUUUAUAAGACGUUUGGCGGUGAAUCCUGGAAGAAGAAUGUCUUUUUGACAGCUUUUAUGUUCCCUGCGAUCAUAUUUUCCAUUUUCCUCAUCUUAAACUUUUUCCUUGUAACAGCAAAGUCGUCAGGGGCAGUUCCUGCGACAACUCUAUUAGCGAUAAUAGGACUGUGGUUUUUGAUUUCCGUUCCUCUGUGUUGCAUCGGCUCUGUCUUUGGAUUCAAAAAACCU